AUGGAGAUGAGAAUUGACAAGGAUCGUAUCGGAGAUUAUAUGGUCACAAAUGCCAGGCUGAUAAAAGUGAAAGACACAGUGGUGAAAAGUGAGGAGGAUAAAAAUUUAUUGAUAAAGCAAAUCGGAGAAAAGUGUGUGCCGAAGCAGUUUGUUCCAGUGCUGAAACGAGCACUAAAAGAAGAGGGAUCACAAACAGAAGAUGUCUCAAAAUCAAAACGAAAAUGUGUCGGAAAAAAGCCACCGGCCGAAAUCCCAGUGUCGGAGCCAAAACCAACGCCUUCUCUAGACGACGUUUUAUCUAAUUUGCUGUCUAAAAAACCAGAAGCGACAAAUCUGAUAACUCAAGAUGCAGCGAACACAAUCGGCGGAUGUACUCGUUUAAUACUUCGAACAAUUAUCGAAAAUGCAAAACGAACGGCUUCAAGGGAGAAUCGGAAGCGAGUCGUGCCUUCAGACGUGGAUUUGGCCUUCUCAUUCACAGAAAUGAACUACGAUUUGACGUGCCCGCUUCUGAAACCGACGCCUUCUUCCGAUCGAUUGUAUUGGGGUAGAAAAUCGACUAAGCCAAGGAAAACUAUCGACGCGGCGUCUUCUGAAAUUGUUUCUCACGAGAGAUUCUGCGACUCGAUCAUGAUUAAGGAUCACUGGCUAGUAGUAGACGGCGUUCAACCAUGUGUUCCAGAGAAUGUAAUUCCAUCGGAGGUCAAGAGGAAGUUCCAAGAACAGCAACAGGAAACGCAGAGAUUGUAUGGAUACAGUGUUCCUGGAAUCAAACGAGAUCCACCGCCAGAGAAGAGAAUGUCAACGCAGACAUUUUCUAUGGAGCAUCAAGUUCUCUACAUCGAAGUUACAAAAAUUCUGACGAACGGAAGCGCGCUGGAACGACAGAAAGUGCUGGAGACGAUUGAAACUGACACUGGAUUGCAGUUCUUGGCAGGAAGAUUUGUGAUUCUGAUCGCUGAAGGCGUCCGGCUUCACAUCGGUACACGAAACACACGUGGAUUGGCGAAUCUGAUGAAAUUGACGUGGAGUUUGAUGAAGAAUCCGAAUAUUCGACUAGAGAAAUAUCUCUACGUCCUCGUCCCAUCACUGAUCUCCUGUGUCGUGAGCAAGAACAUGGUCCCACUCGUGGAUCCUUCCCGUGGUGCUCAUGGAUCUUCCAAAUCCAAAACCGUGACAGCCGGAACACCAGAAUUGACUUCAGAAGACCACGAAAGGAUUAUUAGAGACAUGGAAUUCGAAUUUCGGUUGAGAGAAGCUGCUGGAAAACUGUUGGCCGAGCUUUCGAAUCAAUAUGAGAGCCAGAAUCUGAGCGUUCGAAUUAUUCAAAUGUUGAGAAAAGUGCUGGCCGGACAGAAGGAUCCGGUGGCGAUUUACGGAGUGCUUUGCACGUUUUUCGCGUUUGGAAACUUGACAAUAAAUACAGUAGUCCUUCCCAAAAUGCACGACAUAUUCUGCUCUUUUCAAGACGCCCGAUCCAACAUUCCAUCUGUGAAGCCGACGAUGACGAAGCUGAAAAAAUUGAUAACAGAAACCGAAGCUCAGCGAAUGGAAAUCAUUUUGAAUAGGACCAUCGAACUGAUCAUGAAAAUCAUUUUCGAAAACGAGAUCUUCAACGAGCGAAAGCUGGCGGACCGUGAUGCCUAUGUGACGUUGUACGCAGAAUUUGGAGCUCUUUUUUAUGACUACGCCCUCAACAGUGAAAUGGUCAACGAGAACACGGGUCAUCUGAAAAUCAACCGUCCCUCACUUCUUCUGAAACCCGACGCCUUCAAACUGGAAAUGGAGAAAUUGAAGGAAAGAAAACGUCCAACCGCUGGCACAACGUCAUCCAGCUCGAAUCCAGUGAACGAUGUACCAGAGAAUUUCCUGGACGAUUCGAAUAGACCCUGGGCAAAAGCAGCUACUCAGGUGGAGGCAUUGGAACAGUCACCGUUGGAUUCGCAGGAGAAAGAGACGUUUUUCCGGAAACCAAAACUAUUUUUGGUUCGAAAAGAGAAGGCGGAGGAUGGGCGAACCAAAGUAGCAUCUUUCAUUCGACCACUGGAAUAUGGACACAUGCCAACACUUCCGUCUUCGAGAAAUCAUAAAAUUUCUGAUGCACCACUUCCCAACGUUCGAGAGAGCAUCUUAAGUCAAUCGAUCUACGCAUCCAGAACUUCUGAACCAUUGGCGAAGAAUUCAAAGGAAUCUGAUGAGAUUAUGAAACGAUUCGUUGCUCGUGAUGAUGAGAAAUCGGGUGCGAUUAUUUAUGGAAGAAAUUUGAUGAUGACGGAAAAGGGACGAUCCACGAUCGAUGAAGAAAUCAACAAGGCAGCUCAUCAGCUAUCUUCAGUGAGGAUUCGGAAUUCUGUAGCCGUGCAUCGUCCAGCUGGGAAGAAGGAAGAAAUGAGCAGAGGUCGAUUUCUGAGCCGACCACAGACACUUAUUAAUUCUUGA